AUGAUGGAUGGCAGUGCACCGAGAGACGGCCUCAUAACGAUGAACGACCUGGUGGAGGAGGCACAGGUGGCCGGCGAGGCUCCCCCAACGGUCGAGACGUUCCUGCGACGAGUUGCGUAUCCUUUCGAAACACUGCCGUUCCCGCAGGACCGGUACUCGCCAUGGCACGACGCUCUUUGCGACGGCAUGGAUCGGAGCGCCAGGCCUCAGACUGUCCUCGGUCUCUGCUACCUUCCCGAACUUGCCUCCGUUCUCUCCGAAGCUGGCCUUUCCUACCUUCUCUCCCGAGCUCUUCAUCCUCCCGACACCCUUCUGUCAUCAGUUCUGUCCACUCUUCCAGAAGAGCGUCUGCGCCAGCCUCGCCCUCUGUCCGGUGUAUCCUCCAUCCAAAACCUGCGAGUCCGACUGCCGGGCUUCUGCCCAGGGCUCGUUCCACCCGAGGCGGCUCGCCGAUUGGAGCUUGCAUAUUCCCGCUGGGACUGCGACUGUGAGUCGAAAGGCCAGGCGUCGCAUUCCUGCGGCGUCAGUCCCGUCAGACUCGGCUGGCACCACCAGCCUGCCGAUGAUGUGCUGGACCUGCUCGAAGGUUUGGCAGAAGCGUCUGCCGCAACUGGCUCGUCGUCGCAUCCUUGGCAGUGCCGCCCGAUUCUCGAGGCGACGAACCCCUGGACUCGGCUAGACGAACUCGCCCAGACGGGCAAAGACUGUCGCCCGCUCCUUGUCACUGUUCUCGGCGAGACGCACUUCACGCCGCUUCUCGUCCUCGACGUCAACUCGUCCAGCUUCCCUUCCUUCUCCCAGCUCGGCCCGGCUCACAAUCCGCAGCUCUCCGACUUGAUUGCCGACUCAAAGGAAGCGAAGACAGUCCUCGCGCGCUUGACGUCGCCCUCUCAUCCGACGGAGACGAAGACGAACAGCAUGCGCGGCACUUCACCGCUUCUCAUAGUCUUCGGCCCGAAGCUGCCCGUCAACGCGGCGCUGCAGGAGGAUGGAGCCAGCUUCAUCCACACGAUCUACGGCGCUGGAAACGAAGAGGUCGAGGGGAAGAUCCGGACGCGAGUCUCGUCGCUUCUCGCAGGCGACAAAGCCGUUUCCUUGCCUGAGGCUCGCGCGCCUGUCGAAGCGAACGAGCGGUCAGCAGAGCACGUGCGUCUGCCGCGUGCUCCUUCGCUGCAACAGGAGUACCGGCUUGUCACCUUCAAGCAGCUCAAGAAGAACCGCGCGUUUCACGCCGCCUUCGUCUGUCCGGACGGCUCGCUUGCGACCCUUCACUCCCUGUCGCCUCUCCCGCCCGCCUCCUCACCACCCGCCUCACCUACGCCCGUAACGCCAUCACCUUCCGGCCAAGCUUCUCACCCGACGACUCGCACAAAUGGAGUACACGGCCCGCCUGACGCUCCCAAGCCGCUCCUGCUGCUCGGCGCGGACAAGCUGGGCGAGGGCAACCAAGGCUUUGUCUACCGUGCGCACUGCUCCAACUCGCCGUUCCCCCUCCUCGCCAAGUAUUCGCGCUGCGGUACAAGCUCAAACACCAAAGUUGCUCGCGAGGCGGCCUUUUUCCGCGAACACGGCGAGAAGAUGGUCGAGGAGGAGUUGGCGCCGAGGUUUGUGGGCGCGUGGAGUGCGGAGGAGGGCGAGGCGAGUCCGUACAAGAUGGGAGGAGCGACGACGAUGCUGCUGAUGGAGGAGUGGGGGAGGAGUGUACAGGAUUGGUCUCACCUCUCGAGCGCGGAACGACACGCCGUCCGAAAACUCGCCGUGCGCUUCCAACUCAAGCUCGAGGCCUGCCAUUGCUCGCUCAGGGCCGACAACGUCGUCUGCAAGCGCGAAAUCGGCGCCUCGUCGUUCCGGCUCAUCGACUUUGCCCGAAGUGACGAUGGCGACUGCGUAUGUAGGGAAGAUCGUCUCUGCUGCGAGGAAUUGACUACGCUCGCAAAGUCGUUGGCGUGGGCGGAUAUGGUCGAGAUGGUCGCCGAGGAGCGGGAAAGGCUGGAGGUUGCUGAAGCGUUGGCGGUCGUUGGGCUUUGGAGCGAGCUCAAUGUCCUGGAGCACAAUCGUGCGUGCAGAAGCGAUGCUAUCCGCUUCCACUUCAAGCUCGGCUGCCAGCACAAGUCCUUGCGCGACGACAACAUCGUCUGGAAACCCGACGUCGGCCCUUCUUCGUUCCGGCUCAUCGACUUUGCACGGAGCAAUGACGACUGCUCCUGUCUACACGGCGAGCUGUGCGAGGAGCUGUUCGAGCUCGAGGAGGCCUUGCACCAAGUCGACCACUUCGAGGUGUUGAAGGCCAGACGCGAAGAGGAGCGCAUCGACCAGGCGCUGGUCGCGGUAGGCGAGGUGGAACGGGAGCUACGUGAUCAGGCGAGGAGGGAGGCAGAGCUGGCGGCAUAA